AUGCCUGGCCUGACUCCCUUGGGCCUCAGCCUCUUGGCUCUCCUGGGCCUCACAGUGGGGGCCCCUCUGUGCCUGUCACGCCUGCUCAGAAUGCAAGGCGACUACAUGCUGGGUGGGCUCUUCCCCAUGAGCUCAGCUGAGGGCACUGGCUUUGGGGACAGGACACGGCCGGAGAGCAUCACAUGCAAAAGGUUCUCAGGUUUCGGCCUGCUUUGGGCACUGGCUGUGAAGAUGGCGGUGGAUGAGAUCAACAAUGGGUCAGCCUUGCUGCCGGGGCUGCGUCUGGGCUACGACCUGUUCGACACGUGCUCAGAGCCCAUGGUAGCCAUGAAGCCCAGCCUGGUGUUCCUGGCCAAGGCGGGUAGUCGCAACAUCGCCGCCUACUGCAAUUACACACAGUACCAGCCACGUGUUCUGGCUGUCAUCGGGCCCUACUCUUCCGAGCUCGCCCUUGUCACUGGCAAGUUCUUCAGCUUCUUCCUCAUGCCCCAGGUCAGCUAUGGUGCCAGCAUGGACCGGCUGAGCGACCGGGAGAUGUUCCCAUCCUUCUUCCGCACGGUGCCCAGUGACCGCGUGCAGCUGAGGGCCAUAGUGGAGCUGCUGGUGGCCUUUAGCUGGAACUGGGUGGCAGCCGUGGGCAGUGAUGAUGAGUACGGCCGUCAGGGCCUGAGCAUCUUCUCCAAACUGGCCAGUGCCCGAAACAUCUGCAUCGCCCACCAGGGCCUGGUGCCACUGCCCAACAGCCACAGGAUGCCGCUGGGCCAGGUGGAGAAGCUUCUGCAGGUAGUCAACCAGAGCAAUGUACAGGUAGUGGUGCUGUUUGCCUCUGCCCGAGCCGCCCACACCCUCUUCAGUUACAGUGUCCACAGCCAGCUUACACCCAAGGUAUGGGUGACCAGCGAGGCCUGGCUGGCCUCGGACCUGGUCGCCACAGUGCCCGGCAUGGCCCAGGUAGGCACCGUGCUUGGCUUCCUGCAGCACAGUGACCCACUGCCCGAGUUCCGGAGCUAUGUGGCCACCCACCUGGCCCUUGCUGCCGACCCAGCCUUCUGCACCUCACUGGAUGCUGCACAGCCAGGCCUAGAAGAGGACGUGGUGGGGCCACGCUGCCCACAGUGUGAUCAUGUCACACUUAAGAACCUGUUGGCCUGGCUGACGAACCACCGGUUCUUUGCUGCCUAUGCAGCCGUGUACAGCGUGGCCCAGGCACUCCACAACACGCUUCGCUGCAACGCCUCGGGUUGCCCUGCACGCAAGCCCGUGCAGCCCUGGCAGCUCCUGGAUAGGAUGUACAACAUGCGUUUCCACGCCCGAGACCUGGAGCUAUCCUUUGACGCCAGCGGGAACGUGGAUAUGAAGUAUGACCUGACGCUGUGGAUGUGGCGGGGCCAGGAGCCUGAGGUCCGCACUGUGGGCAUCUUCGACGGCCAGCUCCGGCUCAACCGCUCCCAGAUGAAGUGGCACACGCUGGGCAAUCAGCCGCCGGUGUCCCAGUGCUCGCGGCAGUGUGCAGAGGGCCAGGUGCGCCGUGUAAAGGGCUUCCACUCCUGCUGUUAUGACUGCGUGGACUGCAGGGCCGGCACCUAUAGGCGUACCCAAGAUGACCUCUUCUGUACCCAAUGUGGCCUGAACGAGUGGUCCCCGGACCGGAGCACCCGCUGCUUCCCACGCAGGCCCAAGUUCCUGGCAUGGGGGGAGCCAAUCACCCUGGGGCUGCUUAUGCUGCUGGGCCUGGUGCUGGGCCUGACACUGGCAGCCCUGGGGCUCUUCGUUCGCCACUGGGACAGCCCAAUGGUGCAGGCCUCCGGCGGGCCACUGGCCUGCUUUGGCCUGGCCUGCCUGGGCCUGGCCUGCCUGAGCGUCCUCCUGUUCCCCGGGUGGCCCAGCCCCACUGGCUGCCUAGCGCAGCAGCCACUGUUCCACCUGCCGCUGACCGGCUGCCUGAGCACACUGUUUCUGCAGGCGGCCGAGACAUUUGUGGAGUCAGAGCUGCCGCCAGGCUGGAUGGGGCGGCUGCAGGGCUGGUUUAGGGGCCCAGGGGCCUGGCUGAUAGUGCUGGUGGCCGUUUUGGCACAGGCGGCACUGUGCACCUGGUACCUGGUGGCCUUCCCGUUCAAGGUGGUGACCGACUGGCAGGCAUUGCCCCAGGAGGUGCUGGUGCACUGCUGCAUGCACUCCUGGAUUAGCUUCGGCCUGGCGCAUGCCACUAACGCCAUUCUGGCCUUCCUGUGCUUCCUGGGCACCUUCCUGGUACAGAGCCAGCCCAGCCGAUACAACCGCGCACGCGGCCUCACCUUUGCCACGCUGUCCCAUUUCAUCAUCUGGAUCUCCUUUGUGCCUCUCUUUGCCAAUGUGAACAUGGUCUACCAACCCGCAGUGCAGAUGACAGCCAUCCUUCUCUGCGCCCUGGGUAUCUUGGCUUCUGUCUACCUGCCCAAGUGCUACCUGCUGCUGUGGUGCCCAGCACUCAACACCCCGGAGUUCUUCCUAGGGAAGGGGCCCGGGAAUGUGGGGGAGACUCGGGAAAACCAAGAGUCGGUGACCCUGGACCCCGUGAGCCCAGCCGCGGUGACUCCAACCCAAUAA